UGUACUUUACCCAUCGUGCUCCAGCCAAAAUGGCCGCCAAGUUCCCCCGGCUGCUGCCUCUAGCGGCCCUCCCGGCCGGCGCGUCUCUGGGAGCGGUGUACGCGGCGGAGGUCGUCAAGAAAGAAGACUGCGGGUGUGGGAAGAAAAAGAAGACCGUCAGCAUCUCAGAGCUGCCCAUCUAUGACCAGCCCCCUGACCUGACUCAGUACACCUAUGUCGAGGAGGACGUCGGAUUUCUCCAGCAGCAUGUGUCAAAGGUCAGGCAGGCUGUGUGGACAGGGUACGACAAGAUGGAGGGAACGAGAGUGUAUGUUGUUGACAAAUACAGAGUUGCAGAGAAGAAAACCACAGCUGGGUUGGAGUAUGUACAAAGUGAAGAAGGGUUUUUCCCCCGUCUUGGUGUCAUCACUUUAUCUGGUCUGACUGGGCUAGUACUAGGAGCAAGAGGUGGUUUGUUGAAGAAGGCGGUUUACUCCACGACCCUGGCGGGGGCGGCGGCCUCCCUGUGUUACCCUAACCAGGCCGUGAACAUCUCCAGGAGCGGGUACACGAGGGCGCGAGACUUCACACUGGAACAGGUCAACAACAUCAGACAGGGGGGCAAACCCAGGCAGAGCCAGCCACCGAAAAAAGCACCUGAAGCAGCUGAAGUUGUACCUUCAGCACCUGAAACCCCUGCAGCUGAGGAUACUGCAGCUGCAGCCGAAGCACCUGUGGCGGAACCAGCGAAGGAGAAACCUAAAGUAGAGGGCGACUUUGGACAGUCCAACCCUGAAGACAAAGACAUGUACACCACAAGAGGCAGUUAAUUAUGAUAACCAGGGCUCGAAAUACUGGGUGCAUGUGCACCUUAGUGCACCCAAAUUUGGAGCUGUGCACCCAUUUUUUUCUGCGGGUGCACUGGUGCACCCGAAUAAUUUCUUAGGCUCAACAUAUGUAAAGAUGGUAAUAGUAGUUACAGCAUAUUCUUAACAUCUAAGUGUCAGAAAAAAUGAUACAAUCAUUGUAACUACUUUUCUCGAAAUGAAACAUAAUUAUAGUUUUUGCUGACAUUCUACCUAUUUUAUUUUAUGUGGUGCGCCUAAUAUAUUUUUUGUG